GUAUACGGUAUAUUGAUGAUGAUUGGAAAGAAGAUUGUGGAAAGUGUGAGAAAGAGAAAGGUAGCAAUGAACCCUGUAGUGUUGGCAUAUGAUUCCUUCCGCGUGUCUUGUUAUGCAACCACAACACGCACUUCUUGUCAGCACCACCACCGUCCUGUUUCUCUAUCUGUAUUCCAAUUCCAAAACCCUAAUUUCCUCACGGGGAACACUAUCUUCCUUAAGAUGCAGAGAUUCUGCUCAGUGAGUGGCAUAAGUAAGAACAAAGCAAUGGUGGAGAGUUUGCAGCAUUUUGGAGUAAUCACAUCAAGUAAGGUGUCUCAAGUAAUGGAGACUGUUGAUAGAGCUUUGUUUGUCCCCACUGGAUCAUCACCCUAUGAUGACAGCCCCAUGGCCAUAGGCUACAAUGCCACCAUAUCUGCACCUCACAUGCAUGCUACCUGCCUUCACUUGCUCGAAGACAAUUUGCAACCUGGGAUGCACGCCCUCGACAUUGGCUCUGGAACGGGGUAUCUGACUGCGUGCUUUGCAUUGAUGGUUGGACCCCAAGGAUGUGCUGUUGGCGUGGAGCAUAUUCCCGAAUUGGUUUCCCUUGCAAAAGAAAACAUUCAGAAAAGUGCCGCAGCUACACAAUUUAAAGAUGGUUCCCUUUCUGUUCAUGUUGGUGAUGGAAGGGAAGGUUGGCCAGAAUUUGCUCCAUAUGAUGCCAUUCACGUUGGAGCGGCAGCACCAGAAAUUCCCCAACCGCUCAUCGACCAGUUGAAGCCUGGUGGGAGAAUGGUGAUUCCUGUAGGCAACAUAUUUCAAGAUUUGAAAGUGGUGGAUAGGAAUUCUGAUGGUUCUAUCAGCGUGCGGACUGAGACCUCCGUUCGUUAUGUGCCUCUCACUAGUCGAGAAGCUCAACUCCGCGGCUACUAAGAGGAAUCUGAAAUCCUGAAUUUUGGAAGGUUAAUGCCUCAGGUGUCAGUUUGGAACUUGAAUGCACACACUUGGAAUUUGUAUAGCUAAUGUUUCAUGAAUUUUGGAAGGGUUAAGUUAUACAGAUGUCUAUAAAUGGUUGGAACUUGGAUGUAAGCACAUGCUGUUAGGAUUUGUAUAGUAAAAUGUUUGUGUUCUUCUAACAAGUUAGAUUCAUGUAAAUCACUUGCAGCAAUAAUCAUUUUGAUAUAAUAUAUGGAAUAUAUGAAACUUGUCUUC